GAAUGGAGAAGGUGAUGAUGAUGGUUGCGGUGGUCCAUGUGAGCGAGCGAGGAAGGAGAGGAGAGGAGAGGAGAGGAUGCUAGGUGCAGUUUUUGGCUAUGCUUUCUUUUUCCUGCGCCCUGCACUCACAUUAUUGAUGGGGUAAGAUUGGGCUGUCCCCUAGCUAGCUGCAUUCAGGUUGGCUUACACCAGAAUUGCACACUCCCAUCCUAUGACCACAGUAAUAAACACCACCACUGCCCCCUGCCUGCCUCUGCCUCCGCCUGCAUGUUAUUUCUACCUCACUGCCUGGUCCCUCACAUCAAUCAAUUGAUUCCUCUCCCUCCAACUACUACUCCAUGGAUCUUGCUUGGUACCGCUCUCUCUACGUAGUGGUACUACGAUGCUUGCUCAGAGCUCAGUUCGGCUUAGUUGUACGCGUGGUACUGUUGGUAUAUAUUGAAUAUUCGUUUGCUUUGAGAGGCCCGGUGUUGCUUUGUCGCGGAUGGCGGAUCCAUUCCCGCUGGGCGCCGCGCCGGAGAGCCAGCCCACGCGCCGUGUCAGGGGCUGGGACCGGCCGGCGCGCGGCCAGCGGCAAUGGUCGCUGCUGAUCCUCUCCUCGCCAUGCGCCAUGGGACGUGCCAUGCCGUGGAUCGCCAUCAUUAGCCAUCAUGCUUCGAUAUUGAGCUUUUAAACCACGGUUCGACCGCCAUCAUUGGGCUCCAAAUGGGCAGCUGCUGUGCCUCAGUUUUCAUUUUAUAUUAUCAUAAUGCAUUCGGUGGACAAAAUUACUGUUCUGACCCUUAAGGCAAACUAAAUCCCGAUUUGACCUCGUUUCAAAAAAAAAUUCGUUUCUGAUCUUUUUCGGUGACGCCAAGGUCCCUGGCGUCUGGGUUACGAAGCAGACGCCACGGUCCCUGGCGUCUGGCCCCUGGCCCGCACUGCCCGCCUGCCCGUUGACCUGCUGACGUGGCAAAGGGGCCAGACGCCAGGGUCCCUGGCGUCUGGCCCCGGUAAGUGGAUAACCGCGCGGGCCAGCCCACCCAUCCCCAUCUUUCUUCUGGCGGCGCACGACGAACAGAGGGCUCUGUUCUUCGCCCCUUCUCUCCCUCCCACCACCACCACCCUUGAUCUACUCCAUCAACCCCUCAAACUCACAGAUCGGACCCCCCCAAGCUUCUUUGAGGUAUUCUCCCCCAUUCCCUCCAAUUUUUUUUGUUUUCCCCUCUUUGGUUGGAUGCAUUAUUCAACACUAGGUGAUGUUAGAUGAGUAGAUGGUUUCUUAUUUUUAGAAAAUUUUGUGUAGUUGAUAGAUGAUUAGGUAUGCAGUAGAUGAUGUGUAGUUGAACAUGUAGGUAAAAUCAAUUCGGUUUUGUGUAUAUGUUGUCCAUAGGAUUUUUUUUUGAAUUAAGAGGGGUGAUGAAUAUAUGAUUUGUGUAUGUAAAAUAGACUUUGGCAUACUAUAUUUGGUUUGAUAGAUGAUGUGUGUAUGUGUAGAUAAUCCUAUUGUUGGCAUACUAUUGUUGGCAAAAAAAUUUAUGCAAAAGAGAUGAUGAAAUUUUCUUAUUGUGUGUGACAUGAUUUGUUCAAUAGAAUGGCGGAUGAUGAUAAUGAAAUAUAUUUGAUGGUGAAAUUUGGUACUCUAGAUGAUAUGUGUGCAUAUGUAGAAGAAAGAAAUGAUGUGGUUAUGUUUGAGAAGAAUGGUGUUUUCAUAUGGAAUAAACUUGGAGAAGGAAAUUGUUUGAUAUUGUUCAUGUAUUCAUAGAUGUUUGUGAAUUUUUUUUGUAGGAUGGCAGAUAGUGAUGGAACUUGGUAUGACGGAUUAAUCGAUGAGUGGGAUAAGGAGCAUCGUGCUCGUGCCAUUGAAAAUGGACAGGUUGUAGUUGCUAUGCGCAUGAGGGGUCAUUCCGCUGAUGACUUUGAUUACGACCCGCGGUAUGAGCCUUACAUUCGGAGAUUGGGUCUUCUCCCAUUCGUGUUGCAGUUUAAGCGACACGCUUCGCCGGUGAACCACGCGGCGCUGACCGCACUUGUGGAUCGUUGGAGGCCGGAGACUCACUCCUUCCACCUUCCAUGUGGGGAGAUGACGAUGACCCUACAGGACAUGGCUAUGAUAAGCGGCCUUCCUAUCAAUGGACAAGCUGUUACCGGUCGUGUCAGCGUGGGUAAUUGGCGAGAACGGACUGCCGAUUUAAUUGGCGUUCAGCCCGAGGGCCCUCAGGAAGGCAAGACCGAUACAGCGAAAGUGAGGCAUUCUUGGCUAAAACUGGUCAGAGGAAACACCAACCCGUGCCCUCAGGAUGCCAAUGACGUGGUUGUGCAGCAGUACGCGCGGGCCUAUCUUUGGUAUGUACUAACCAAGGUAGUCUUCUCAGAUGCAACCGGGAACUCAGCCCUCUGGAUGUUCUUGGAGCCACUUAAUAACUGGGAUACCCAGUAUAGCUGGGGUUCGGCCGCACUAGCAUACUUGUAUCGUCAGCUUGACUUGGCGUGUCGGAGGAAUGGAGGUACAUCCUCAUUGUCUGGAUUUGUUUGGAGCCUAUCCGUGUGGAUGUGGGAGCGGAUCCCGGUUGGACGGCCCGAUUUGAAGAACCCCCUCAUGGCAAACCCACGAGGUAAUCAUGACGGGUUGCAUGAUGAUGAUCCAUAUCGGCGCCCUACGCUUGCUUACUAUUGGGAACAAGUGACAGUGUACACAGGAAGCUCGCAUGUGCGAUACAAGUGCUAUAUGAACGAGCUAGACACCUUGACUGCUGAGCAGGUACAUUGGUUGCCUUAUGUGGAAGAUCGUGACUUUGAUCUUAAUGAGAUGUGCACGCGUGAUAGCCAUCUUUGGCGGGCGAGGUGCCCAAUGAUAUGCUUCUUCGCAGUCGAGUGGCACUUUGUAGACCGUGUGGCAAGACAAUUUGGAAAAAGACAAGGUAUUCCAAUUGAGGAGAGCAAGGAGGAAAUGCUAUCUCUGCAUCGGUUCGAUCGAAGGAACAAUCAGGAUAUAUCGGAUUGGGCAAACAAACACCGUGCGUGGAUAGAAAUUUGGAAUCAAAGAGACACGUUAGUUCAAUCAGAGAAUAGACCUCACAAUCAGUCAGCAUAUCAGAAGUAUCAAGUGUGGUAUGCGGAUCGUUACUGGUUAAAGCUGAAGCCAGGUUGGACUCACGAGGAAUGGUCGGAGUUGGUGUCUGAAGACCCGGAGACUGCAGAAGGUUAUCAUACCUUCAACACGGCUGUGAGAGACACCAGAGGGGCUCAUGUUGACUACGCACCGAUGCAUGACGAAAUGGGCAGAGAGUUGCUUCUGUGCGUCAACGAUGCCAAUGUUGCACUGAGUCAUCCACCUGGUGGUGCAUUAUCUGAGAGGACUCUUAGGAGCACGAUGGAGAAGUUCAAGAAGCGGUUCCAUAAGAUGGCAACUAUGCUUUCUUGCCAUGGUGCUCAGUCCAGUGACGUGUAUGCACCAGGUAGCCGCGCCGCCAGAGCUAAUAAACGGCGUUAUGUCCAGAACGAAGAGGACAUAGAGGAGGAGGUCAAUGAAGAGGAGCCAGCACAUCAAGAGGAGCCAACACAUCAUGAUGAGCAUGAGUAUGAUGCAACACAUCAAGAGGAUCAUGAGUAUGAUGUUGAUGCUCCACAACCAUCACAGGUUACACAACCGACACAAGGCAAUGCCCGCUCUAAAAAAGGCAAAGCAAUAGCUAAGACACCGGACCAGAAAGGUAGAAAGAAGAUAUGGAACACUCAAUUCCAUAGUCCGGAGUAUCCUCAUCAAUUUAUGCCUGCGGGAAUGCAAAGAUAUAAGUCCAACAUUGAUGCAGAGGCGGAGGAGGCUAGCGAAGAGGAGGAGCAUGAGGCUAGCGAAGAGGAGGAGCAUACACUUGCAGAUAUCGUGAAGAGAGGAAGGAAGAAGUGAGCUUGUUGUAGUUUGUUUCAAUGAGCUUGUUCUAGUUUGUUUCGACGAACCUGGUGUAGUCUCUUUCCAUGAACUUGUUGUCGUUUCUUUCCAUGAACUUGUUGCCGUUCGAAUUAAGUUGUACCGGAUUCGUGAAGUUGCUAUGAAUG